AUGGCCAAGGCCAAGGCUGCCAAGAAGGACGCCUGUGCACAAUGUGGCAAUGUGUACAUGGAUGACUCGGUGUUCUGCCGGAAGUGCGGCACAAAGCGGCAGGACACCUGUGCACAAUGUGGCAAUGUGUACAUGGAUGACUCGGUGUUCUGCCGGAAGUGCGGCACGAAGCGCCAGGGCGGCGCCAAAACUGGGAAGCGCGAUGAGGAUGAGGGGAAGAAGCGACCCAAAAAAGCGCCAAAGGCCAAAAAAGCCAAGGCAGCUCCCACGAAGGCAGCUGAGAAUCAAGAAGCCGUAGAAGAGAAGGCCAAGGAGGUGGCAGAGGAACCACGGCGGGACUCCGACGAAGUCCAGGCCGAAGAAGCCGCUGAAGAGGCUGUUGAAGAGGCUCCGGCCUCGGCAGCCAAGCCACGAAGAUCCAAAGCCAACCGCUUGAAGGAGGCUUUGGACGAGGAGGGAGAGGAAGAAGAGGAGAAGGAGCGGAAGGGCGUCGUUUACCUAGGUCACAUUCCGCACGGCUUCUUCGAGCCGCAGAUGAGAAAGUACUUCUCCCAGUUUGGCCAAGUCACUCGAAUGCGGCUGGCACGAUCUCGAAAGACCGGGGGGUCCAAGGGUUACGCCUUCAUCGAGUUCAAGGAGGAGAGUGUCGCCAAGAUUGUGGCGUCGACGAUGAACAAGUACCUUAUGUUUGACAAGUCCCUGGUGUGCGAGUUCCUGCCCAAAGAGAAGUGUCACAAGAAGCUCUUUGCUGGUUGGCAGAGACCACCGAAGGACCUGCGCAAAGAGCGGCGGGAGAAAGAGAUGCUUCAAAGCAGUGAUCGGCCAAUGGUCGAGGUCAAUAGCCUGUCCGUGCCGCAGCUCACAGAGCAGCAGGUCAGCCGACGGGAGCGUCAAAAGCGCAAACUGAAGGAGAAGCUGGCGAGUCUCGAAGUUGACUUCGAUCUCGACGCAGUUCUAAACGAGGGAGGCACCGCCGACGACGAGGCAGAGGAGGCCGAGGUUGAGGAGCCUCCGGCCACCAAGAAGCGUCCAAAGAAGAAGUUGAGGCCACAUAGCGAAGUUCCGGCAAAGAGGGCCAGCACUAAGCCAGAGACCUGGGCUGCGCUCUCGCGAGUUCAGGAGGUUGCAUAUCAGAAGCUGUCCCGUGUUCUCCUCAGGCUCAAAGAUACCAGCCUCUUCUUUCACCUGCCGGCUCAAGAGCAUUGGCACGAUGGGCAUGCGGAUUGGCAUGCAGCCGAAAGUCUCACCUCAGUUUCUGCGUACGACUUGCAGCCGCGGGGCAAGCUGGUACAGAAGGGCGAGGACUGGAACUCCCGGGAGUUCCUGCGAGAACUCAACCGCCAAGCAAGGAGGUCCGACCCGCCGGCUUUGCAGAAGAUCACGAGUGGGUUGAUCCAAACGAUGUGUUUUUGGGGCGAGAGAGAUGGGGCAUCUCUGGGAGCACAUUCUGUAGCCACGGAGUGGCAGGAUAAGGUGGAGAUGGCUGGACAAGUCAGUUUUGGCAUGGAGGGCGACGCACCCGAGCGAACCGGUGCCGUGUUCCUCGAGGACGGUUGGCACGCAGCACAAAGAAUUUCCAUCGUGUGCGGCAGUUUGGUCAGGGGCAGCUGCCAGCGACAGCAGAAGAGCUCGGAGAGUGGCACUUUGGUGGGCGGAGGCUCGGAGCAGGGGGAGGCCUUCGAGUUGAAAUCGGCCGGAGCCGCGAAGGCGCGGACUGGUGGAAGUCGGGGCAGUGCAUUCAGUUUCUUGCACUGCCUCACACGCCAAGGGGACACUGCGCGAACUUUCGCAGCUGGCCCGCCCUGUUGCCAUCAUGACCUGCUGCUGACGGAAGCUGUCGGCGCCUUCGGUACGAGGCGUGCCGACCUGACACUCGCUCUGGCUGCACUCCUGGCCCUGGGAAGCACCGCUUUCCUGCAGGCUCCAAGAACCUUCGAAGGCCACCGCGAUGGUCCUGGUGUACACCACAGCCGAAGGAGGCUUCUGGACCUGAGCGCCGGAGUGCUGCUCCUCCCGGCGGAGGAUGCGGGUGCACUGGGUGUCGCCUUCGACUAUCGCACUUUGGAGGAGAUCGAACCUCCCUCAAGGAAGCCUGUCGGAGAUGUGACUUCCGAAAAGGCGCAGAAGGCUAUAGGCCUUCUCAAGGAGUGCCGUCAGAAGAUGUUGACCUUGCUGAAGAAGCUCCCGGAAGAUCCACAAGUCGACUUCACACCAUACUUUGAGCCUCCGAUUGGGGAGAUCCGUGAAGCCCUGAAUGACAUCUAUGACCUUUUUGACCAGGACACACGGCGGGAUGCGGAACGAGUGGGCAGAAUAAUGCUGGCCGCAAGGUAUAACAUCCUCGGGGCAUCUGAGGGGGAGAACAAGAUGAAACCGGAUAAAGCAAGUCGGGGCAUCGAAAGGCUGAUUCCGGAGGAACAGGUGAAGUUCAACAACAGGAUGGUGGACUUUAUUCGAGCCGCAGACCGAUUGUUGUUGUAUGUUGCUUGA